AUGAAGGUUUGUGAGAGCGGAAAUGUCCGAAGGCCCUGCAAAAUCGCCAUGCUUGUGGACAUUCUUGUGCCUCGCACUCUUCCCUCUUCUCUCUUCUCUCUUCUCUCUUCGCCGCAUGGACUUCGCUGGUACCAACCAUACACGUUAAGAAAAAAGUUAGAUUCAAGUCCACUUAUGCCAUUG